GCCGCCUGCCCGCCCUCCCGACGCUACCGCCGCCCGCUUCUCCCGAGUAGCGCGUCGCCCUCCGAGGCGGCCACGGCCGGCACGGAUGGUGGACUGAGCUGGCCUCGAAAAAAAGCCAAUUCUUUGGCCAGGCUCCUUCUCCACUCUCUUCAGGUGUGCCCAGGUACAAAAUGGGUGACCUCAGAGACACGUGUCCUCACCUGGAUUCCAUAGGUGAGGUCACCAAGGAGGACAUGCUUUUCAAGUCCAAAGGAACAUGCCAGUCUUGUGGUGCGGGAGGACCGAAUCUGUGGGCCUGCCUUCAGGGCGGCUGCCACUACGUGGGUUGUGGGGAAUCCUUCGCCGAUCACAGCACCCUGCACGCCCAGGCCAAAAAGCACAAUCUGACGGUGAACCUGACCACGUUUCGGGUGUGGUGCUACGCCUGCGAGAAGGAGGUGUUCUUGGACCCCAGCCCGUCUUCCCGUCCUGCCACUCUGCCGCCCAAGUUUAUGGAACAGGAUUUGCCCCCGCCUGUCCAUCCGCUAAAAGCUGUUCCAAUUGCCGUCGCCGACGAAGGGGAAUCUGAAUCAGAAGAUGACGACCUCAAACCGAGAGGUCUUACUGGAAUGAAAAACCUUGGGAAUUCGUGUUACAUGAAUGCUGCACUUCAGGCUCUCUCAAACUGCCCCCCACUCACACAGUUCUUCCUGGAAUGUGGAGGACUCGUGCGAACAGACAAGAAGCCGGCACUCUGCAAAAGUUACCAGAAGCUGAUCUCCGAAGUCUGGCACAAAAAGCGCCCGAGCUACGUCGUCCCGAGCAGCCUGUUUCAUAGCAUCAAGCUGAUCAACCCCAUGUUCCGGGGCUAUGCACAACAGGACACACAGGAAUUUCUGCGGUGCCUGAUGGACCAACUCCACGAAGAGCUGAAGGAGCCGGCGAUGGCCGAAAUGCGGGACUCUGACGCAAGUGACACAGACGACAAGAGGGAGGGGGACCGCAGCCCCUCGGAGGACGAGUUCCUCUCCUGCGACUCGAGCAGCGACCGCGGGGAAGGGGACGGGCAGAGCAAAGCCGGGGGCGUGUUGGGCGAGGCGGAGCGGCUGAUCCCGGACGAGGCGGGCCGGAGCAUCUCGGAGAAGGAGCGGAUGAAGGAUCGGAAGUUCGCUUGCCACCGGCGGCGGAGCAACUCCGAGCAAGUAGACGAGGAUGCGGACGUCGACACCUCGGUGAUGGCGGGGGAGGGCGUGGCGUCUCCGGAAGGGCUCCUGCCUCCCCCUCCUCGCCCAGCCAGCCCUGCGAGGACCCCAGAACCAGAUAACGAUGCCUACCCGCGUUGUUCUUCACGGCCCUGCAGCCCCGUCCACCACGAAAUGUACGCCAAGCUGUCAAAUCCUCCGCAUUCCAGCCCCGUGAGGCUGGGACCCUCCUACGUGCUGAAGAAAGCUCAGCUACUAGCUGCUGGAAAAAAGAAGAAAGAGUUGCGCUACCGUAGUGUCAUCUCUGACAUCUUUGACGGCUCCAUCCUCAGCCUCGUGCAAUGCCUCACCUGUGACCGAGUUUCCACCACUGUGGAGACCUUCCAAGAUCUGUCGCUGCCUAUCCCCGGUAAAGAAGACUUGGCUAAACUGCAUUCAGCCAUCUACCAAAACGUGCCAGUCAAGACAGGGGCAUGUGGGGACAACUACACCGCUUCGCAGGGCUGGAUUGCCUUCAUCAUGGAGUACAUCCGCAGGUUUGUGGUGUCCUGCAUCCCCAGCUGGUUUUGGGGCCCUGUUGUUACCCUGGAAGACUGCCUUGCUGCCUUUUUCGCUGCAGAUGAGCUGAAAGGUGACAACAUGUACAGCUGUGAAAGAUGUAAAAAGUUGCGGAACGGAGUGAAGUAUUGUAAAGUGCUCCAGCUGCCUGAGGUCCUCUGCAUCCACUUAAAGCGUUUCCGGCAUGAGGUCAUGUACUCCUUCAAAAUCAACAGCCACGUCUCCUUCCCCCUGGAGGGGCUGGACCUCCGGCCCUUCCUGGCCAAGGAGAGCAUCUCUAAAGUCACCACGUACGAUCUCCUCUCUGUGAUUUGCCACCACGGCACUGCGGGCAGUGGACAUUACAUCGCCUACUGCCAGAACAUGAUCAACGGCCAGUGGUACGAAUUCGACGACCAGUACGUGACCGAAGUGCACGAGACGGUCGUGCAGAAUGCCGAGGCUUACGUCUUGUUUUAUCGAAAAAGCAGCGAGGAGGCCAUCCGGGAGCGCCAGAAAGUCGUCUCCUCAGCCACCAUGAAGGAGCCCGGCCUGCUGCAGUUUUACAUCUCCCGGGAAUGGCUGAACAAGUUCAACACCUUCGCGGAGCCGGGCCCAAUCACCAACCACACCUUCCUCUGUUCCCAUGGAGGGAUUCCACCCAACAAGUACCAUUAUAUUGAUGAUCUCGUGGUGAUUCUUCCCCAGAACGUUUGGGAAUACCUGUAUAACAGGUUUGGGGGCGGCCCAGCUGUGAAUCACCUCUACGUCUGUUCGGUGUGCCAGGUGGAGAUCGAAGCCCUGGCCAAGCGGAGGAAGAUGGAGAUCGAUACAUUCAUCAAGCUGAACAAAGCCUUCCAGGCGGAGGAGUGCCCGGUGGUCAUCUUCUGCAUCAGCAUGCAGUGGUUCCGCGAGUGGGAGGCCUUCGUCAAGGGGAAGGACAACGAGCCCCCGGGUCCAAUCGACAACAUUAAGAUUGCCGUGGCCAAAGGAAGCGGCUACAUGCAGGUCAAGCAGGGAGCCGAUUAUGGGCAGAUCUCCGAGGAGACCUGGAUCUACUUGAGCACGCUCUACGGCGGGGGCCCCGAGAUCGCCAUUCGGCAAAACGUGGCACAGGUCCAGGAGGUGGAAAACCUCCACGGGGAGCAGAAGAUAGAGGCUGAGACCAGAGCCGUUUAAACAAACAUCAUGUUCAGGCUGACUUCCCUUUCAACCUCCUCUUGCAUUUCGGAGCUCAGCACUCAUCCAGCCGCCGCCCUGCCCCGUCCCUGGCGAGUCACACCACAGCUAGUCGCAACCAGUCUUAAUUUGACGCUCCGUCGCUCCUCCCGUGCAGCUUUGCAGGGGGCAGAGAGCAUCUCGCAAGCCUGUUUUCGUCCAAGAUCAGCCAGUCCCGGCCAAGGAAGAGCACCUUCAGGAAAGCUGUUUUGGGAACGGUUUGCUUCUUUCUCAUCCCAUCAUCUGCAGACGCCGGGAAAGACUUCUUCGGAGAGGUUUCAGAUGUCCUUGGACAGAGCCAGUCACACCAUUCCCAUCCGUCACCUUGCUGGCCUUUUGUAACUGUGACUUUAGCUGUUCCGGAAGUACCAAGGGAAUCCCAGAAAUGUUCCGAAGAAGUAAGGGACCACUCUACAUCUUGGGGCUAGAAGUGGGAAUGCGCUCAGCCUGAGCAUGUCCCUCGGCCGGAAGGAUCGAGCGGGGAAGCGGGACCCCCGUCCUCUGUGCGUCAGGGCUGACGUUCACCCCAAUUCAGUGGAAACAUUCCUUUGUGGACUCGUUACUUUCUCGCGGGGGCGAUGCGUCGGGCAAGAUGGAGCUAACCACCCCACUCGGGGCGUGAGCCGAGAGCUGGUCUCUCGCACGUCUCUGCUUUCCGCUUGGACGGACCCCCGGUGGCUAGUUCUCGAGAGCAGGGAGGGGAGCACCGUGCCAGUGAUUCAUCGCUCAGCGCCUUUCUUCCUAGACCCAGACCCCCACACACACAUCCACACAGCCUCACUCGCCCCGGGUUGGAAUGGCAUCGCCCUAAACAAGCCAAUUCAUUUUUCUGGGCAAAGGGUGGUAGCAGAGGGCAGCGGGGGGGUGGGGGACCAAGACGCAUAAUGAAAUGGGGUCUCGCGAGAACCUGCUUGGGAAGACGAGGCGUCGAUUGCCAAGGCUGAAUUGGGUCGCCGAGCGAGGGAGCUCCCCGCCAGGCUGCCUGGCUCCACUUGUAGCUGUGGAGAAGCCUCGUUGGGCACGACCCGUCCUUGCUGUUUCUCACCUACCGCAGUACUUCUGGGGCGGCCUCCUUCAUCGUCCUGCGUGCCCCCACUCCUCCCAUUUGCAGAGACCGAGCACUCGGACGCUUCAUCCUGGUGCCCAAGAUUUUUUUUCUUUCCCGCCGAGAGCAUCAGCCAAUAAAAGUCGCUCACAUUCAAAA